AAGGAGAAAACCACGAGAAAAUUUAAUAAAAAAAAAGGAAAACCAAAAAAUUAAGAAAAACUCCUUAAUAUCCUACUGCGCUUGCGUGAGCCCAAUGCCCAUAUUGCCUGUGCAUAUUGCCCAUUCAUUAUCCAUUUAAUUUGUGCAGACUUUUUCGGUAGUGCUUUUCAUCUUUGAUUUUCUUGUUUGUUGUUCGUAUUUGCUGUGUCAAAUAUAAUUAGAUAAAAUCAGUGUUCUAAUCUAACUAAAUAAUAUUUAAAGUAAAUAAAAAAGUGACAAUAAUUCAAACUGUAUACCAUUUAUUUUCAUCGUUCACUGCACUAAGAAUCGAUCCAUCAUCCGAUCUUUCCAAAAUGCUUGUUUUCUAGCAGCGUUUCAGCAAUUUUUUAGAACUGUUUAAAUCUUCAGUGGUCCCCGCCAGCCACGCAUGGAAGAACAGGCGCAGCUCCAUAACGGCCCCAGGCAGCCCCACCGCACAGCUACACGUAUGAAACGGCCCCUGACAGCGCUCCCCCUAGCGUCGUUGCGUCGCCAGUUCACCAGAGACCUUUUGGAAUGGCCCAAACUAUGGACACUCACGGCCCAUCAGCCGGCCCAAACGAUAACGAAAUAAGUGACAAGUCGCGCCGCGAUAUCACCCUCCCUUGCACCGACAGCAGCAAUUGUAACGGCAACGCCGCGUGUCGCGAUAGUAAUAGAUCUAGCCUAAGUAACGAUAGCGCUAAGAAAUCUUCGACGUCGUCAUCGUCCAAAAAUGGGAAACAGAAUAAGGGAAAGAAGUAUGACCUGGAGUUGUAUCUUAACGAGAAGAACUCUGAGAAUGAGUCGAAGGUUGAGGUAAACCCGCUUUUCGAAUCGGGAGAGAAAGAACGGCUUUUAAACCGAACCAUCAGCAUGGCAGCGGACGACAAACCAGUAUUACACGUGCAGUUUAACCAUAAAGAUAGCGAUUCGUCAAUUAUUAAGCAAGAACCCCCAUCGACUCCAUCAUCGGACGAUGAUGAAUCUAGUUCGUCAUCCUCCAGCUCAUCAUCUAGCGAAUCUCUGGAGAUCUCCGAGGCCAGACCGCCAGACGGAGGCUGGGGAUGGGUGGUCGUCAUAGCCUCCUUCGUAGUUAAUCUGAUCGCCGACGGUAUAACGUUCAGUUUCGGCGUCAUAUUCGUAGAGUUCUUAAAUUACUUCGGGGAAAAUCGCGGAACUACAGCCUGGGUGGGAGGCUUGUUCAUGGCCAUGCCGUUGCUUUCUGGCCCGGUAGCUAGUUUUCUCACCGACAGAUACGGUUGUAGAAAAGUAACCAUUUUCGGUGCUCUCUUAGCCUCGGUAGGGUUUAUUAUUAGCUCCCAAGCCAACAGCAUGAUGGUCCUGUGUAUAACCUUCGGGGUAUUAGCUGGAUUCGGGCUUAGCUUGUGUUACGUAGCUUCCGUAGUCAUCGUAGCUUAUUACUUCGAUAAGAAGAGAUCGUUUGCCACCGGAUUAGCCGUAUGCGGUAGCGGAAUAGGUACAUUCAUAUUCGCCCCGUUGAUCCAACUCCUUCUCGAUGAGUACGGAUGGAGAGGAACAACUUUAAUCCUUGCAGGGCUCUUCCUGAACAUGGUGGUGUGCGGAGCCUUAAUGCGGGACCUCCCUUGGACCUCGGAGAAACAGAAAUCGUUAGCGAAAGAGCGAAAAAAGAACAGGAAGUUGAAGAGGAAGAAACAUCCUAAGUCGGCCGAUUCCUUCUCUGUUAGUACUGGUACAUGUACUGCCAGCGUUUUACAACCAAUCGUUGAAACCAACGAAGACCCAGAGUUCGAUCACGAGAAGAGCAGGUUGUAUAGUUCGUUAGUUCAUUUGCCGACGUACAUCAGAGAUGGAGAAAAGAUCCCUGUGGAAGUUUUGGAGUUAUUGGCCAGCAACAAAAACAUUUAUAACAUUCUUUUAGCUAACUAUCCGAAUCUUUUAGUACCAUCGAGGAGUUUCAGCGAUUCAGGUCGCUUAAAUGAAGCUAGUCUGACUUCGAAGCAUGCCAAUACUACGACGCAGUUGUCACCUCCGGCGCUUCUAUGCAAGGAAGAUACCUGGUGGUUGAAAGGAAACCCUACAUCUCCAACGUCGCCUACCCAGAAACCUAUGGCAUCCAAGAAAUUCCCUGCUGCUUUCUUAAAGGACCUACGAAUCCACAGAUUGUCGGUUACUUAUAGAGGUGCCAUGCUAAAUUUAAAAAGGUACCGUUUAAGGGCCAGUUCCUGCCCGGACAUCUACAGAAACUCGAUGACCACGAUUGCUCAAGAAAAGGUUCAGUGGUACGCCGGACUGUGGGACUUUUGGGAUUUGCUGGUGGAUAUGUUCGAUUUCUCCCAUUUUGCCGACUCCAAGUACCUGGUGUUUGCCUUAUCGAAUUUUCUUCUUUACACCUGGUACGACGUGCCGUACGUUUAUUUGACCGACAACGCCAACCAGCUGGGAUACUCUGAGAAGGACGCAUCUAUACUCAUUUCUAUUAUUGGAAUUAUUAAUAUGGUUGGUGAGAUAAUCCUCGGAUGGGCCGGUGAUCGAUCUUGGGCCAACGCCAGCAUCAUUUACGCCAUUUGUAUGGGUCUGUGUGGCGGAGUCAUAGCCUUGAUCCCGUUAAUACAAGGUUACACGAGUCUCUGUCUCAUAUCCGGAGCUUUCGGAUUCUUGAUAGCCGCCAAUUAUUCCCUUACUUGUGUGAUUCUGGUCGAACUGAUUACAUUGGAUCGAUUCACGAACGCCUAUGGAUUGUUGCUGUUAGUACAGGGAUUCGCUAAUUUGAUUGGACCUCCACUUGCAGGCUGGAUAUAUGACAUUACCGGCACCUACCAUCUGUCAUUUUACUUGGCAGGCUUGUUUAUAGCCCUAUCCGGUCUGAUGCUCGUUGUCAUACCCAUCACGAAACGAUACAAGCGAUUCGUCAGAGAGAAGACAUCUUCUGAGGUUUCGAUCAAGGAAUCUUCGCCGAACGAUAACAAAAAUGGCGGCUUUGAGACGCUGGGGGCCAACAAAGAGAGCAUACCUUAAGAAUAUUGCUUAUAGGGGUGAUCUCACAUUCCAUGACAGGCAUUUUAUGUCUCUUGCCAAUAAUUCAGAUAAAUCGAUUUUCCAGAAGUAGACUUAAACAGUGUGUAUUAUUCUGGCGAUAUAAUAAGUAUUAUAGCGAUAUUAGAUAUAUUAUUAAAAAUUUAAUGAUCCCGUUUUGUCUGUAACGAAUUUUCUCGAUUGUUGAUGCCGUACAUUUGUAGAAUUUUUGAUAGCAAAGACAUAAUACUGAUAAUAGAAAAUUUAAGUGAAAUAUUUUUAUUAUCAGUUACAUAUAUGUCUGUUUUUAGAAGUUUCUAAGUAAUACAUAGUGAACUACCUACCUCUGUACUCUGUAUAUAUGGAGCCUAUAUACAAAUUUCAUAAUUGAAUGUCGAAACCUCAGGUCGAUUGUAACAAAAAUUGGCUUUCAAGAAAAUUUUAUAAUUUUACGUCUAUUAUAAAGAUUCGAAAUAACAUUUUAAUUUAAACUUAUUUUAUUUUGUGUGUAUUUAAAUUUAAUCAAUUGUUUUUAUUUGGUAGUUUAUCUUAUAAUAAUCGUGUCAAUAAUUUUUACGUAGAUGGCUGUGUAUUCUUAGUUGUAAUAAUCAAUUUUUUAGAACAAUUUUUCGAAUAAAGUAUUUUGCAAAUUUACUACUGCAAUAUAUCGAUUAAUAGGCUAAUUUUUGAAAGUUUGGCAUUCUAGAUGAUUAGAACAAGAACUCCCAGUGUUGUUAUUGGUACACCUUACAACUAAAUGUUGAUAAGCAUACCUGUGAUUAAAAUUGGCAUAAUUUUCCGAAAUAGCUUACGAAUAUUUAGAUACUUUUUGAGAUUUCGGCGACAUUUUUACAAAAUUAUCCAUUGAGAUAAAGUCUUAAGGCCUUGUCUUAGAUUUAGAUGCCGUAGAUUAAUAGUGUCCUAAUUCUAAUGCCGAUGAAAUGUCAGUAUUUCAGAUUCCAAUGAUUCCUUAAUAUUUUCCGUAAUACUCAAUUCGCAAGUCUGUCAAUCUAGUUCUUUUUUGUCUUGUUUUUACAAUUACUUAUUAUAAGUAUGAUUGAAUUAUGUAAAUACCCGUUCUGUAUUAGAGUUCCGAAAUAAACAAUGCAGUCAU